GGCGGCACUGUCGAAACGACUUCAGGCACUAAAAGCGCUUGGUUUGCCGCGCUGAAGGCUUUGCAAACCGCCGGCUGUUUCGUGCUGCUUCUGCUGUGUGCUACGUCUCUGCGUUUCGGCCCCGAACUCUUUGAACCGAUAUUUUAUACAUAUGCUACUGGUCUCGGAGUUCUGGCUCUUGUCGCAUCAGCUCGUUGGCGAACUCGUUUCAACACGCACUUGAAUGUCCUCCUCAUGAUCACCUUUGGUAUCUAUGGCUGUGCUACCCUCUAUCCGCUGGUCCUGAUAGAUGAAUCGUCUCCUCCCGCGUUGGCCCUGCUGCGUCUCGCCUUACUGGCUCUCACUGGUGUCUUGAUCCCUUUUGCGCUCCCAUGGGGCUUGUUCGCCAUCGACGCGUCCCAACCCGAGCAUGUACAUCCUGAGGAUGAUAUUUCCAUGUGGUCUUACGCAACGUUCUCUUACGUGGAUCGUUUGGUCCACUAUGCUUCCGGACAUCGUCAUCUUUCUGUAGACGUGAUGCAUCCUCUGCUUGAGCGCGAUGAUGUGGAUUAUCUCGUAGCAAAGAAUAUGAUGAAAAUAGAUCCAGCCUUGCGAAACAAAAAACGACACCUUCUUUGGAGUGUGUUUACAACUUUCAAAUGGGAUUGGCUGGUGGUCACGUUAUUCAUGCUCGGCGAACUGGUGACUACCUUUAUCGCCCCCGUGAGCGUUCGAGGACUCUUGCACUACCUGGAAACUGGGGGAGAAAGCGCCAUUUUACGACCAUGGGUAUGGGUAGCGUUGAUUGGUACCGGCCCGCUGUUGGGCGCUAUAUCUUCCGAGUGGUAUGCCAUGAACGCGGGAACGCUCUCAAUUAGAGUUGAGGCUAUUGUCACACAAUUACUUCUCGAGCACACUCUGCGUAUUAGGAUGCAGCCGAAAACGACGAUCCCUACUCAGAACGGAGCAAACAGUCCUUCCCCUUGGCAGGCGAAAUCUUCCAACGACCCCCUCCAGGGCAGAAUCAGUAAUCUGAUCACCAGCGACUUGAAGCAGAUGGGUAAUGGGAAGGAGGUAAUGAGGAUUGUGGAGGGGUUUCUCCAAGUGAGCAUCAGUGUGGCAUUGUUGUACAACAUGCUCGGUUGGGCUGCACUAGCCGGGACUGCCGUUUGUUUGCUUUGCCUGCCCAUUCCAGGGCGAACCGCGCGGCUCAUAGCCCAAACCCAAAAGAAAAGAAUGAAAGCUAGUGAUGGACGUGUGCAACUCGUGACUCAGAUGAUACAUGGUUUCCGCAUGGUCAAACUAUUUGCAUGGGAACGCCAUGCACUCAAGGUCCUUGACGAAAAGCGAGAGGUCGAACUGCAGUGUAUACGACGUGGGGCACUCCUCAGUAUUGUCAUCAACGCCUUUAAUUCAAUAUUGCCUAUAUUGAACGUAAUCGUGGCGUAUGCGAUAUACGCGCUGUGGAUGAAGCAAGCACUGACUGCCUCCCGAAUCUUCGGUUCGAUGGCCGUAUUUGAAAUCUUGAGAGGGAAUUUGGCAUUCCUGUCCAUGCUACUCCCUAUGGUGAUAGGAGCGAAGGUCUCGGCUGAUCGGAUCAAUGGUUUUCUUUUGGACUCGGACUUCUUUGAUCGGUCUGCGGUUUCCAACGACAGUGAAUAUACCGCCGAGGUUCAGUCUGUGCAAGCGAGCGGUGGUAUAGGGAUGAGCGCAUGCAGUUUCUCAUGGGACGGAGCAGAUGAUGGGUCAGAAAGUACUGGCUUCCGUUUGAGCGUGGAGCAUACAGUAACCUUCGAACGAUCUGGUGUCAACCUUGUCGUCGGCCCCACGGGUUCUGGUAAAACAUCGCUUCUCUAUGCACUACUAGGGGAGUUGAACUUCUAUCCAAAAACGGCCGAUUCCUGGUUCUCGCUGCCAAGGCGCGACGGUGUUGCCUUAGCAGUGCAGGAGUCGUGGGAGAACAUUCUUUUCGGCGUGCCCUACGACGAAGCACGUUAUCAGAAAGGUCUGCUCAUACACCCUGUGAUUGAAUGCUACUCCAACCCUCCAACAGUACUGUAUCAAUGUGCUUUGUUGCGAGAUUUGGAAUUGUUCGAAGCUGGAGACGAGACGGAAGGUUUAACGUUAAGCGGAGGACAGAAGGCUCGCGUGACGCUGGCUCGUGCGGUAUAUUCUUCCGCGAAGAUCUUACUGCUAGACGACAUCCUCGCGGCUCUUGAUGUGCACACUGCUCGAUGGAUUGUCGACAAAUGCUUGCGCGGGGAUUUGAUCAGAGGGAGAACCACGAUCUUGGUCACUCAUAACCUUGCGUUGACUAAAGGCUUGGCUACCAAGGUUAUCAGGGUCAACGCAGCAGGGCAAGUCACCGCCGAACACUCGGUUGCAGAUGCGCUUGAACUCGAUCCGGACCUUCAAGAGGAACUGGCACACGAUGAAGCACAACUGGACAUCGAGAAGGCGGGCGCUAUAAACUCCGAGGCCACCGAAAACACCGUGAUCGAGCAACUUAACAGGCCUUCAGGCAACCUCAUCGCGGCAGAGCAGGUGGCGAUCGGCUCUGUGGGAUGGCCAGCGAUCCGGCUUUAUGUCCUCAGUUUGGGAGGUGUAUUCUUUUGGGCCUCUUGGGUGUCAUUCCUCAUCACCAGCUACGCGCUGGUCCUCUACCGCUCGUACUUCCUUGGUAUAUGGUCGCAUCAAUACGAGAUGCACGACCCGUCGGAAGUAUCGGCGCCUUACUAUCUGGCCGGUUUCAUCAUCAUAGUGAUUGCUAGCGUCGCAGCUUCAAGCAUCGCAUCAGUGCUAUGGCUAUCCGGCGGGGACCGUGGUUCACGUAGGGUACAUGCGAGCCUCAUGAACUCACUCUUCGGCGCGACCCUUCGCUGGUGGGAUACCGUGCCCUCUGCCCGGGCAAUUGCGCGCUGCACACAGGAUAUGCUAUCUAUUGAUGUCACCCUGCGCCAGUUGGUAUCCAAUUUUGUGGGCCUUUCUGUUCAACUGUUGCUGCAGUUCGUGGCGAUACUGGCGCUUAUUGGAUGGAAAGCCGUGGUACCGGGCUUCCUCUGUGCAGGGGUGGCGACAGUCAUAGGCAGGCUAUACCUUACUGCGCAGCAAGGCGUUAAACGUGAGCAAUCGAACGCAAGGUCCCCGGUUAUCGGUCUCUUUGGUGCCACCUUGACGGGACUGGUUUCCAUCCGAGCAUAUGGAGCUCAGAGCAUGUUCAGAAAUGAGCUGAUGCGGCGCACCAACCGGUAUUCGCUGAUUACCAAGAAUUUUUAUCUUCUGAACAGAUGGGUGGGGCUCCGCGUGGGCACUCUUGGUGCCAUGUUCGCAUUGGCGGUGGCAUCCGCUGCGACGUACAAUAAGUCUAUCACUGCCGGAGAUGCCGGAUUCUCGUUGUUGCAGGUGCUCAGUUUUGCGUUCAUGAUGAAUUUCUGGGUACGCGCGGCGAACGAUCUGGAGAUUGAAUGUAAAAGUCUGGAGCGUAUCAAGGAUUUCAUCGAAAUCGAGCAAGAACCAGUGCCAGUUCCGGAAGGUGUACCGCCUGCAUACUGGCCAAAUAACGGGUCAUUGAGAGUGGAAGAUCUCUGCGCGCGAUACUCGCCUGAUACUCCAGAGGUGCUGCAUAACCUCACAUUUGAGCUUCAGUCCGGCGAGCAUGUCGGCGUCGUCGGACGCACGGGGGCUGGCAAGAGCAGCGUCGCAUUAGCCCUGCUGCGUGGCAUUCCUACGACGGGGAAAGUCUACUUUGCGGACCGCGAAAUCCACUCGGUCAACCUUGACGCGCUGCGAUCAAGUAUCACGUUCGUACCGCAGCACCCGGAACUGCUCCAGGGCUCUCUCAGGGAGAACCUGGAUCCCUUCGACGAGUGUGACGACGCAGUGCUCAAUGACGCUCUUGAAAACGCCGGUCUCGCCGGCGGAGAGGAGGGGAACGCGAUUGGACUCGAUUCGGAGGUACACGCGGGCGGAGCCAAUUUUUCAGUCGGACAACGUCAGAUGAUCGCCCUCGCGCGUGCUCAGGUGCGCCGGAGCAAGCUCGUGAUUAUGGACGAAGCCACGGCCGCAAUCGAUUACGAGACCGACACGGCCAUUCAGAAGUCGCUGAGGCAGAGCCUGGGUAGCGACGUGACGGUCAUGACCAUCGCGCAUAGGCUUCAGACCAUCAUGGAUUCGGACAAGAUCAUGGUACUGGACGCUGGGCGGUUGGUGGAGUUCGGUUCGCCGAAGGAGCUAUUGCAGAAGGAUACGGGCUUCUUCAAAGAAAUGGUGGAGGGCAGUCAUGAUAAGGCUGCGUUGUAUGCGCUGGUCAGGGAUCAGACGUGAACGGAGAGUGCUUAUUAUUACCGUUUUACGAACGAUGUCUCUAGACGUUUCUUCUAGCUUGCAUUAAC